UGACUUGACUUGUGUAGUCUUCUGCCGUCCCCGACACUCCGCCCAGCUGGAAGCCUGGAAUAUGGUGGGAUUAUAAACUAUUCUGCCGCCCAUUUUGGUUACGACGCUUUCCUCCACCAAUUCUCCAUACUGAAAUCAUGCGCGGUCAUUCCAUCCUGAUUGCCUUGUGGGCUCUCGUUGUAUCUUUGAUACUCGAUGGAAGGCAACUUUGUUUAGGUUGCUUUUUAGAAGAAAAACUUGCUCUAUUAGAUUUCAAGGCUUCCUUAAAUGAGACUGAAAAUGCUCACCUUAUCCUUCCUUCAUGGACUGGAAAAGGAGGUGAUGGUGCAAACACUGAUUGCUGCACCUGGGAACGGGUCAAAUGUAGUAAUAUUACUGGGAGGAUUGUUGAACUCCAGCUCAGUGAUUUGAGAAAGAAGAUGGUUGAGGAAUCCUUAGGUGAUUAUUCUCGGGAUUGGUAUCUAAAUAUCAGCACCUUCAUAAGUCUGAAGGGCCUGCGAGCUCUAGACCUGAGUGGUAAUGUUUUCCAGAGUGAAGUGACAGGUUGCAGGAAUUGGGCUAAGUUGCAAAAUCUCGAGUCCUUAUAUCUCGAUUGGAACAAAUUCAACAACAGUAUAAUUCCAUUUAUAACCGCAAUUACUAAACUUAAAAGGUUGUCUCUGGCUGGUCUGCAGUUAGAGGGAUUGUUUCCUUUAGAAGAAUUCUAUCGACUGGAAAACUUGGAGCUUCUUGACUUAAGUCGUACUAGAUUUUCUGGUUCCUUGUCGUUUGCAGAAUUGAAGCUGGAGAACUUGAAGCUACUCAAUCUUGAAGAUACAAGCUUUAACACACUCUCAGACAUUGAGGUUUUAACUUCCCUUAAAGCCUUGUCUUUGAGUGGCAUCGGUAUGAAUGAUUCCUCCAUCCUUCAAGGAAUUUGCAGUUUGAAGAAUCUCCAUGAACUUGAACUAGGUCGGAAUGAAUUUAACGGGUCUAUUCCUAUGUGCUUCAGCAACUUGACAUCUCUUCGACUUCUUGAUCUCUCCGAAAAUAAACUUAGCGGCAACAUACCUGCAGCUCUUAUUACUCCUCUCAUACACCUUGAGUUUCUCUCCCUCUCUGGUAACCCUUUUGGAGGUUCUUUCUCUUUCAGUUCUUUGGCCAACCAUUCGAAGCUUCAGGUGUUCGAACUUGUACCUCAAAGCAAUGAUUUACAUGUCGACACUGAGAAUCUUCCUCUCCCCCCACCAUUUCAGCUAAAGGUUCUCUAUUUAUCUGGCUGCAACUUGAACAAUCAGACUCGAAAAAUCCCAAGUUUUCUGCUCUAUCAGAAAGAAAUACAGCUUCUUGAUCUUUCUUCAAAUAAGUUAGUCGGCCAGAUUCCUACUUGGCUUCUGCAAAAUAAUACACACUUGGAAACUCUCGAAUUAAUGAAUAACUAUUUUAGGGGUCCAUUUCUACUGGAUGACUCUCCAGGAUUAAAUCUAAUCCGGUUAGACAUCUCAAACAAUGAGGUCAGCGGUAAGGUUCCUCAUCAUAUGGGUUUAUUAUUUCCAUAUCUGAGCCACUUGAAUUUGUCAAGAAAUUUUCUUGAAGGCAAUAUCCCCCAAUCACUGGGAAACGUGACAGAAUUAGGGUCCAUGGAUUUGUCCCAUAACAGGUUAUCAGGGGAAGUGCCAGAUCAAAUUGCAACUGGAUGUUUCAUGCUUACAAGCCUGGUGUUAUCUUAUAACAAUCUGGAUGGGAAUUUCCCUUCUAGGUUCAUGAAUGUUACAGGCCCAGAAUUGCUUUACUUGGAUAAUAACAAUUUCACUGGGAGCAUUUCGGAUGCAUUAUUUCCAAAUGGAUUGAUUACUUAUCUGGACAUCUCCAAUAAUGGUUUUCGGGGCAGAAUUCCUAGUUGGAUUGGAAAUUUUUCAUCUUUGGAUUCUCUUGAUAUGUCAGCCAACUUGCUAGAAGGUAACUUACCAGAUGCUGUAUGCAAUCUUGAGAUGCUUAGUUUUUUGGACCUUUCCAAAAAUCAGUUGAUCGGACCUUUACCAGCUUGCUCCCAACUUACGUUCUUGAAGUUCAUCCACCUGCACCAUAACAUGAUCUCAGGAUCCAUAUCAAAGAUGCUGUCUGGAAGCUUCAAUUUGAUGACACUAGAUUUGAGGUACAACAAGCUAUCUGGUGGUAUACCACGCUAUAUUGGCAAACUUAGAGACCUCAGGGUUCUUCUAUUGGGGGGAAAUGAAUUGCAUGGUCAUAUUCCUUUGCACUUAUGUCAGCUGAAGAAACUAACAAUUAUGGAUCUUUCUCAAAAUAAAUUUUCUGGGCCACUACCUUCAUGCUUCAGCAACAUCUCUUUCGGCAGAGGACACUUUGCCGCAGAUGCAUUUCUUCCUCUUGACAUGACAACCAGUACAUUGGGAAACCCAAUAGGAUUCAAUAAGUCUAAUUCAUUGGGUAUUGACGAGUACGUGAGUGAGGAUGUGUUAACUUCUCCCGAGCAAGAAGAAGUGGAAUUCACAACAAAAAGUAGAGCCGAACGCUAUACAGGGAAUAUAUUAAAUUUCAUGUCUGGACUUGAUUUGUCAUGUAAUCAAUUGAUUGGAGCAAUUCCGUCUGAAUUUGGUGAUCUCAGUCAUAUCCGGGCAUUAAAUUUAUCCCACAACUACUUGCAAGGAUCUAUUCCCUCAAGACUUUCCAUGUUGAACCUAGUAGAGAGCUUGGAUCUUUCUUACAACAAUUUCAGUGGCGAAAUACCUUCAGAGCUGGCAUCCUUGAACUUCUUGUCCAUCUUCAAUGUGUCAUACAAUAACUUGUCUGGCAGAACACCUGAUACAGGGGAGUUUGCAAACUUUGACGACAGCAAUUAUAGAGGAAAUCCAGGUCUCUGUGGACCAUUGCUCAAGAGAAGUUGUAACCCCUUUGCUCCACACCCUGAAAAUGUUGGUGAUCAUGACAAAGAAGUUGAUGGUGCAAUUGAUGUGGCAGCAUUCGCUUGGAGCUUUUUUGCUUCAUAUAUGGUUAUCGUGAUUUCAUUAGUGGUAAUUCUUUAUGUUAGCCCUUAUUAUAGAAGAGCAUGGUCUUUUUAUAUUGAUUAUUGGAUCCUAUCUAGAUUCUAUGAGUAUUGCAGGUCUCGUUCCUUAGAGAAAAAACAAACAUGGAAAGUGUUUAAUUGGAACAUGAGAAGGAGAUGAAUUGGUCCUAGUUUCUCUAUUGAGAUUCUCGAAUUUGGAAAAGGUCCAAUGAAUUUGCAAGCAUCGAAAGAGGAACUCUAUGAGGUGAAAUUCUCAUGUCCAACACUGUAGAGUGACAAUAAAAGUGGACUUUUCCACUAUCAUCCCAAAAAAAAAAAGUACUGGUUCAGACUUUUAAGUACUUCGAAGUGAAGUCCCAUAUGAAUCUAUGUUGUUGAUUCAGAAUAAAUGAAGCAAAUUUCAAUCAUA